UCGAUCCCGAAGCUGCUGAAGUCCGUGUGCUGCAGAAGGAUACAGUAGAAUGAACAUAGAAAUGCUAGAAUCAUAAUAGAAUAGAAGCGGAAGAAUGCAAGAAAUCAAAGACCAUUGCAGUAUAACCAGUAGCUUUAUGUGUUAUCAAGACUGGCUCCAUAAACAAGAAACGAUGUUGAAUCCACUGACUCUAGCUUUCCGUCACUUCCUGCUUCUCCCCGCCCUUUUCGCACUCGCUCUCUUCUCUUCUCUCUCUUCCCCUCUUCCUUCCUCUCUUCUACUCACACUUCUUCUCUUCUCUUCUCUUCCUCUUCUCUAUCCUGAUCUCGUCGCUUUCUGUAUUUGUGCCAUCUUUGGCUUCAUUUACAGUCUUUAUCACCGUCCAAUCCUCCUCCAUCUGAUAACAUCAUCGCUCAUCUCCCGGUCGGUUGGAGCUCUCCCGUUGCUACAAUAACCCCGCCAUCCGCCUUGUGGCCGUAUUCCAAAACACCAAAUUUCGCUCUCUUUAUUCGACAUUUCUUUCAAUAGACCUCAGCUCUCAUAGAAGGAGGGGGGAAAAAAAAAAAAGGAAGAAAGAAAUCCGGUGCAAAAACAAGUCAAAUGUACGUUGUGUUUGAGGUC